AUCGAGAAGUAACAAGCCCAAACAAGCUGCAAAAUAUAUAAAAAAAAAAAUUCAAACCACAAGCAAAGUGUCUAAGCGUGUUGAUAUAAACAAUACAAUUGUUUAAUUAAAUCAAACAAUUAAAUCAAAAUAUGUACAAAGUGUAAACUGGUAAACUAACUUUAAAAAAAAGCAAGUACUUUCAAACAAUUGUUGUCGUUUAAAAAAAAGAAAAUAAACAAAAUGUUGAGUGCUGUGAGCCUUGAAGGCUGCGGACGUCGCUGCCUGCUGCUGCUGCUUUGCAUGCAGCUGUUAAUGUCCUGCAGCGCAGGACGCAUCAAUCGCUCAGCGUUCAUGGACGGCGACAUACACUCGGAGGUGAUAGAUCCCAAUAAUCGCACCAUACUGGACAGAUUCAAUCUAACCGAGGCGCAGCUGCUACGCAUACGCAACGAAACGAGUCUGGCCGACAAGAACAGGACUAAUCAAGCGGUCGAUAAUCAUUUCCAAAGGCUGCAUCAUUGGCGAGCGCAUGAGGUACAGGAGAAUGUGCGUAACGCAAUUAGGCAUAAUACAAACGCUUUUGUCGGCGAUGAGCCAGUCCAUGGGAUUGCCGGCUAUCCGAUGUGCAAUGGCGAGACGAGCAUACACAACUGGCAGCAGUCCAAGAAUUUGACGUUGCAAUUUGCGAAAAGCGUAUUCGAGCAACAUGCGCAAGGCAGCAGAAUCGAAAGCGCGCUGCUGCGUUUAUAUAAAAUCAAUCCAAAUGCGCCGGCAGCCAUGGAGCAACAGCCAACAGCAACGAGCACGCCGCUCUGCAAUGAAGCAACGCUGGAGUCACAAAUACGCAUAACAGUGUCCAUAGUGCAUCAACAGAAGCGUAAGCGUAAGUCGGAGCGCAAGAAGCGCAUUUGCAAUACGAUGAUGGUCAACAGCAGCACAGUGGGCUGGGUGGCAAUUGAUGUGCGUUGUGCGCUAAACUUUUGGACACAGCAGCAGCCACAGCAGCAACAGCAGCAACAACAGCAAGCUGCUGCUGCUGGCGUGCAUGCGCCAACUGUUGUCGGUUUGCUUAUGGUGGAGUUGCAUGAUGAUGAGGACAAUCAGCUGCUGCCGGGGCAACACUUUAUGCCACCGACUUGCGAAGAGGCAGUUCCUCCAGUCCCAUGGACCAUCCCCGGAUCAGAAGCGCUUGUGCUUAGUUUGGAAAACAAAACGAUGCCCAAGUAUGUAAUACUCCCAAUCCCAAGGUUAGAUGUGGUGUCCAGGGGCAAUGGACGAUUGGCGCUCAGUAACUUCGAGGACACCAACGUCGUCCUGCAAUCAUCAACCACAGCAAAUUCACCUACAAUUGACAACAAUCUGGAGCUCAGCGAGAACAACAGCAACAACAACAAGGAACAUCAUCAUCAUCAUUCAAAUCAAUACCAUCAUCAUCAUCAUGAGAACCAUCAUAAUCAUCAAAAGCAUCACAGGCGUCAUGUGCGCGUAGAGGAGUAAGCACACAGAUACUCCACACACACACACAUACAUACAUACAUACUAGAUUGCACAUGCAUUCAACCAUACAUGUCCCACAUGCUGGUCUUUUCUUUAGUUUAUUGUUUAUUUUUUAAGCUUUAUUAUUAAUUGUAUUAUUAUUAUUUUUUUUGUGUUUAAUAUAGGGCCAGUUGACUUAAUUAGUUAUUAGUUUUCAACAAGCAGUUAAACAACUAAAUUUGCCUUUUUUUAAACAUAUGUAUAUAUAAGCAUAUUAUUUGUAAAAUCUCUCUUAUAUUAGGAGUCUGUGAUUUAGCUGUGGUUGAAUUUUGCGAAUUAAAAAUUGUUGGAACCUCAAAAACUGAAGCAAUACGAAUAUACAAUAGCUUGAACGCAUAAAUAUUUAUACGCACACACAUACACACUCACACACACACACACAAGAUUUUUGUUAUUAAAGUCAUUAGCUUAUAAAGUGCCUUUCCUUGAAUACACAGAAAAUGUUUAAAUGAAAAUAUUUGCAUUGGUUUAAAUUUCUGACUUUAGUAAUUUGUGUAUAUAUUAUUGAGCCCCCCAUUUCCCCUUGCUCCUCAUUGCACUCAUUAUAUAAUGUUCUACUUAAUUAAACUUAAACAACACUAUUAACUAGCCUAGCUAUAACUCUUGAGCUUAGCAAGCCAAGCGCGCAUAUAAUUAUUAAAUACAUACAUUUAUAUACUAUACUAUA